AUGGAUUGGGCCACUAUAGAGCUGGAACUUUGCGUGGGCACGGCAAAAUCGAUAUCAUUACAUUAUAUUUUCGACAACUUUGGCGAAACUUGUCAUCGAAGACGAUGGUACUGUCCCCAGCCUAGCUCAGUUACCAAGGUUAAGAUCACUGCCAAUGCCAACAAGAUCGUGUCUGUUAGCAACCACUACGACAACUUGCUUAAAGUGUGGUCGCGUGCCAAUUAUGGCGACGAAACGACACAAUUCGAUGUCUCGUAUCUUCCUCAUCCUCCAGGAACCUACGCCGUUGAAGUGCAAUGGCGAUACAAAAUCCCUUCGAACUCAAUAACCAAAGUCACCGACAAGUCAAUGGCAAACAUCAAAAACAUACGAGACUAUAUUGACAACCUGUCAGAUGAUUGUGACACUUUAUACACCAUUACCAACGAAGGACGACUAACCGUGUGGGCUUCAUACGAGUACAGUGACCACAGCCACAUCAAAGCGUGGUCCCAUAUUGAUUUGGGGGACUGCUUUGAGGAUAAGAAACUUCUUGGCUCUAUCAUCAUCGACAAUUAUCACCUUCAGCGAACCGUAGUUCCAGCGUUGAAUGCUACUAAGGAAGAGUCGAACAUUACUCGCUACCUCCAAAGCCAGGAUCUCAAGACAUUGGACCUACUAUUAGCGAUUGGAACGAAAGGGAACAUUGUCAUAUUUGCAAUGGUGAACGCUGGUCAAGAUCCUCCAAACUCUAUUCGUUUUGACCGAAUAGAUGCUAUGGAUAUGAGAUUGGACGACCAUUGCUUCCCAACCUACUUAAAUGUACCCAAUGUGGAGCCUAUCAACGUUGAUACAAUCCAAUCCUUACAGUUCAGAAUCAGCCAGAAAAACUUGGUUAUUUCCAAAAUUUGCACCACUGUUGAGGGAGAUGUGAGUCCAAAGGUGGCUGUAAUGAUACACGAUCGCUUCAAUAACACCCUCAGAUUACUAGAGCUUGACUUUGCAAGAUUGCUCAGAGGUAACACAGGCGGCAUCGGAGCCCGGCUUGUAGAGCGCUACCAAGGACAUACCAAAUCCAUUCGAAAGUUGUUCAAGUCAAGCUUCAAUAACGGGAAACCCGAGGUACUACUUUCUAUUCUGAAUUUCGCCGAACACAAUUAUAUUUGGGAACCGUUGAUACUCGAAUCUCAACCUACCUGCCGCUUAUCCAUAACCAAAAGAACUCGACUUGGACUUGAAGAAUGUCAAGCAAACGAGAAAAUCAAAGGUGCUUGGAGUGCACUCAUCGUCAACGACGUCAACGCUGAAACCGAGGAUAGACGGCAUUUAAUUGUUGUAUUUGAAAAGUGUGGUUUCGUUAGUGUUUGGAAUUGUGUCAGUUGUAAUGCUGACAGAGUAGCAACACUAGCAGUUAGAUUCCCGAUUUCACAAGACGACAAAACCAAAAAAAGUGAGCCAUUUUCUGUGCUUCUGUUCAAACUUCCUGAUACAGAGAAGGGAGAAAAGAGGUUUGGUGUCAUCGCCAUAUUUGACACUUCAGAAACUCUUGCAUGGACAUUAAAUACCGAUCCAGUGGAAAUGGAGAAAGUUGAAAUUGACAGGUUUCCUAAGGAGGACUUACACUUGGUAGCAAGCAUAGACUCUGAUUACCUUGAUAUGAAUGAAAGCUUGGUUUCUGCAAUUGAUACUGGGGGAAGAUUGCUGAUAUACGGACUCGAUUUAAAGGACAUAGCCAGCAAGAAGCUAGGCUGGACCGAGACUGCAAUGGUUCAUACGAACAUUGAAAAAGCUGGUAAAAUACAUGGAGCCGCUAGAGUCAGCCGGUUUGCAGUCAUCGAUAGCACAGGCACGCAAUUGAGUAUUUGGGAUACCAAGAAUGGUGUUUUAGAAUACGAAGAAUCUUUUGAGGAUGAAGUGAGAGAUCUCGAUUGGACAUAUGUGGGGUUCAACGAAGGUGCAAAUAACCUUCAGCAUGAUGCGAGAAGUUCUUCCGUACCAAACGCCAUUUUGUCUGUGGGUUUCAGAAGACAUGUUCUUUUGUAUACUCAGCUCCGUUACGACUACACCAACAAAAUCCCUCCUUUUGCAGUGUUGAAAAAGAUAGACAUCUCAGACUUUACUACUCAUGAAAUAGGCGAUCUGAUCUGGCUUGCAAACGGGUACUUGGUAAUAGCGAGCGGAAACCAGUUUUUCAUUGACGACAAAUACGUUGACUUGGGGUCGUCGGAAAGUUUCGUUGACCAGACAUUGAGACAAUUAAUGGUGGGAUAUAUUGGCAACGAAGAUGUUGGCAAAAGAGCCAAUUCUUUUCGGCUUGACAUCGAUCACUUGGUCAAGAUUUUGAAUGGACCACUUCCACUCUACCACCCACAAUUUCUCAUUCAGAGUUUGUUCUUCUUACACACCUCUCUCGUCAAGAGUAUCUUGUUUCAAUUAUUCAAAAUUCUACGAGUUGGCAAGAUGAUUGAAUGGGAUUUGGGUCUCAGCUUAGACGAAGUAAUUGUCAGUGAACACCCAUCCCGAAGAGAAAGCCGAGCAGCUACACCUGAUGUCCAUGAAUUGUUCAAUGGUCAAGACAAUUCUACGAAUGGCGACCUCGAUGUGUUUAGUGAGUUCAAUGAUCAAGUUGCACAUCUUCUCGUUGAAAGACUCUCCAAGUCUUCACUUCCACUUUUAACUCGUCACCAGCAAAUCACGCUUAUAUCCGUGAUUAACAUCGUUCGUGAACUACAAGUUUACCACGAAUCACUUGAUGAUAAUGGUUUAAGAUUUUUCAUUGGAUUCAAGCUUUUCCAAACCUCAUCAAAGCAAAGUCGAUUGACUAUGAGAGACAUUAAUUGGGCCCUUCAUAGUGACAAUAAAGAGGUGAUUCUCACUAUGAUUCAUAACCAUUACAAGAACAGACUACGCUGGGAGCAUAUUACGCAAACCGGUAUACCAUAUUGGUUGGAAACGUCCCGACUUUCCAGUGUUUUGGAGUCCUGUGCUAGAAAUGAGUUUGGAGAUUCUAGGGACCCCUCCGGCCGCAUCACCUUGUUUUAUUUGGCCAUUCGAAAGAAACAUGUUUUAACUGGAUUAUGGCGAACCGUCAGCCAUCCAGAAAAGCAAAAGAUGUUAGCUUUCAUGAACAACAACUUUUCGGAAGAUAGAUGGCGGAAAGCAGCAUUGAAGAAUGCAUUUGUACUUUUGGGAAAACAUCGUUACGUCGAUGCUGCUUCGUUUUUCUUGCUUGGAGAUUCUGUCAAAGACGCUUGCCAGACGAUAGCUUUCAAAUUGAGAGAUGUUCCAUUGGCUAUUGCAAUCGCCAAGGUUUAUACAAGCAAAGAUUCAGUCAAUUCUGAUGAGCCUGUAAGUGAUGCAGAACGAUACAUUAUUGAAGAUUUUGUGGUUCCUGAAGCUGUGCAAACAGGCAACCGAUGGUUGAGUAGCUGGACGUUUUGGGAGCUAAACGAGAAGGAGCUUGCAAUCCAGGCGCUUGUAAAACCACCAAUUGCCAUUUUUAAAGAGAAUGGCCAAUUAUUCUCUGACCGAUGCUACAAAUUCCAUAUUGAAGGAAGCGAACUAACUUCCCAGAGCAAAAGUUAUCUUCAAGACGAUCCUGUUUUGGGAUUGUUGUUUGAUAGCUUGCGCCAAAAGAGUGUACGGUAUUUACGAGGCUACUUGAUGGUGCCUUUAAAUGAGGAAUUUGAUUUCACUGUGAAAAUUUGCAGCCUUUAUACUCGAAUGGGGUGCGACUACCUUGCGAUACUACUCGUUCGAUUAUGGACAUUUAUCGAAUACGACGAGCAUAAGGGAAUCAUGAAGAAAACCAAGGCAGAAAAAUCUACAAACCAGUUAGAAAAUGGAAAAGGAACAAUAAGAUCGAUGUUACAAUCGUUUGAAGACUCGGGGCGGAACGAUGCAAAAGCACAGCCUCCACCCCCGCCCACAGCUUUUGAGGAGCCCGAUAUGAGCGCGUUUGAUUUUGGAUUUUAA